CCCUCGAGUAGGGCGCCGUUUGAUUGGUCCAAGCUGUUCACGUGACGGUGCCCAUCGUGGAUCCCAUUGGUUGCAUUUGUGAAGCGUGAUUUGUGUUGACUACAAAGUGUAAAGUGUCCAACGUGGGAUCUACGUUGAGAUUUUUCAUAUCAAGAGGGAUGAACUGUGGCCGAUCGAGCCGUGUUGGGAAGCACAGAACUCGCGCGAAGAACGAUUAGAUCGAGCGGUGGGGGUUAACGUCAGACAACCACAGGGACAAUGCUGCAGGUUACGAACUAUAGCCUGGUCCUGACCGUGCAGUUCCUUCUGAUCAUUUACGACCUGGUGGUGAAUUCCUUCUCGGAGCUGCUCUACAAAGAGAAAGUCAUUCAGCUCGUGCUUUUCAUUAUUCAGGAUGCUGGAAUCCUCUUUAACGUCAUCAUCAUCUUCCUGAUGUUCUUCAACACGUUCGUGUUUCAAGCCGGGCUCGUGAGCGUGCUCAUACAAAAGUUCAAGGCCACCAUCCUCGCGUCGGCCCUGUACUUAACCCUCAGCAUUGCCUUCCACGUCUGGGUCAUGCAUGUGCGUUGGCCUCCAUCAAGCGUUUUCCAGUGGACUGAUGGACUGCUAGCACUCUUCGUCUUUCAAAGACUUGCAGCGGUAUUUUAUUACUACUUUUACAAGCGGACAGCACUCAGACUGGGCGAUCCCCGGCUCUACGAGGAUUCCCUCUGGCUCCGCAAGGCCUUCUCAAGGACCAACUAAAGCCACCCCACCAUCACUGAACACAUUCUUCCCACCAUCAAAAAGAACAAAAGCUCGCAUGGCGUUUUUUCAUUGCCAGUUGCGAGCCGACAGAUUUUGAAUAACUUUUCAGAAGGUAUGUGAUGGAGACAUUUUUAUAAAGUGUAAUUAUAUUCUGCAAUGUCGGCUUUUUAAAAAAUCACGUUGAUUUAUGUUCCAGGGUUAUUGGUCAUGGAUUUUAAGUGUAAUUGACAUCUCAACUGUUUGUAUUUAAACACUAAUUGUCCAUUUCAACCACUAAAUGUAUUUUCUUUAACAUUUUUGGAAGUUACAUAGUGUAUAGUGUCAAUAAUUUAAUGUAAGAAGUGCUAGUUUAUUUUUUACAUAUUUGCCAAAUAUCCUUAAUUUUUGUAUUUUGCAUAUUUCUGAAUAAAUGUGAUUUGUAUUAUUC